GUUUUUAAAGUCAUCUUAAGAAAGCUUUUUAGCAUGUAGGCAUUCUCUUAUCUCUGAUUGUGAGGCAGUACCAUAGCACUACUUCCUCCUGUUGAAAAUAGGCUACAUUAGCAUCUCAGGAGUCGGGGUGGUUGUUUUUUUUUUUGUUUUUUUUAUUCACUUGCUCAAUAGUGAUUGAUAGCAGCAAGACAUUUCUAUUAGAGGAAAUGUGGCUGGCCAAGAGGAGGUUUGGAGCCAGUACUGGGAGGAGUUUGGACAGAAGGCAGAAGAAGGCGAUGCCGCUGCACAAGGAGCCGUCUGCUCUCUAGUUCCUGGCUGGGCAGCGUCCCCGGUGACAAUGCUCCAUGCCUCAGUCCAACCCUGUCUCAAAAUGUUCAACCCACCUUCUUUGGGCAGCAAUGUGUGUCCCCAUUUCUUUUUUUUUUUAUAUCUGGCUGCCCCAGAUAGCACAAGACUUCCCAUAACUAAUCCCUGACCUUUCCAGAUCAUAUAUAGGACCAGUGAGGUUUGUAUCUCUUACCUUACUGGUAUGAGACGUUUCCUAUUUUACCAUGUCCCACUUCAGGUCCCCCCUGUUGUCACAGAAGUCAUGGACGAGCAGACCGGCUCUCCCGGAGCCAACACCGAAAACAACGGGCAGAGAAAUGGAGAUGAGAAGCCCCGACGUGGCAGCUGGACCAAGGGGAGGAAGAGGAAGAAGCCGAUGAAGGACAGCAACGCACCCAAGGCCCCCCUAACGGGCUACGUUCGAUUCAUGAACGACAGGCGGGAGCAGCUACGGGCGGAGCGCCCAGACGUGCCCUUUCCAGAGAUCACGAGGAUGCUGGGCAACGAGUGGAGCAAGCUGCCCCCCGAGGAGAAGCAGCGCUACUUGGAUGAGGCGGAGCGAGAUAAGGAGCGGUACAUGCGGGAGUUGGCAAAGUACCAGAAGACAGAGGCCUACAAACAUUUCACCAGGAAGGUCCAGGAGAAGCAGAAGGGCAAGCGACACAGGGGAGAUGGUGGGCACCAGGUAUCCAAUGAGGCCCUUCAUGAGAAGGAUGGAGAAGGGAAGGACAGGGCUGUGUUUGACAUACCAAUCUUCACAGAGGAGUUUCUCAACCACAGCAAAGCACGUGAAGCCGAAAUGCGGCAACUGCGUAAGACCAACAUGGAGUACGAGGAGCGCAACGCAGCGCUGCAGAAACACGUGGAGAGCAUGCGGGGGGCAGUAGAGAGGCUGGAAGGCGACGUGAUGCAAGAGCGGGGACGCAACGGGCUCCUCCACCAACACCUGGAGACCCUGCGCCAAGCGCUCACCUCUAGCUUCUCCUCCGUACCUCUGCCAGGUAGUGGAGAGACCCCCAGUCUCGACACCAUCGACUCCUACAUGAAGAAGCUCCACAGCAUCAUCGUCAGUAACCCCCAAGAACACGAGAAUCUCAUCAACACUGUGAGAGACGUGGUCAACCGCUUGGACAGAUAAUUGGACCAAGUCCAACCGAUUUGAUGGAUUGAGAUUCACAGUGACGCUGAGUAGACGCUGCUCCUUGGCAGCGACGCUUCCUGUCGGUCUGUCAUCCCAAUUGAUUUUAAAACAUCUUUUAUUUCUCUGCUAAGGUGAUGUAGGUGAAGGUGAUGUAGCUUCUCAUAUUUAUUUAUUAUUUUUACAUAUUUUUAAAACUAUGUUCACAUUUUAUUAAUAUAGCUGUAGUUUGUUUUAUAAAAUAAUCAGAUGAGAAGACAUGAAACUGUUUUCUGUCACUCACUGGUCCUGUUCUGUCUUCACCAUCCAUUUAUAGCAAAUGCUUCCACAACAAUACCUAAGCCAUUCUCAACCAUAUUCUGAUCAAAGAAAAAUGUCAGUGGAUUUGUAUGUACCAUAUCCAAGAGAUAUUGUUGAGGAGACUUUCUUUUUUCAUUCUCUGCUGAAGAAAAAAUGUGCCAUUUAUAAUUUUUUUCCUGUGUGAAAAAGUGUUUGUGUUUUCAAUAAACGUAUUUACAUCAUCU